CAACACCAAGGUAAGGAAAGAAACAGCAUCAUUAUUAUCGUUGUUAAGGUAUUAAUAAGAAAUGCGCCUUUCCCCAUUUUGAAAACGGGCUCAAACUUGGACAGUGGUAGUAAGUUGGUAUUUACAACACCCCCUUCCCAUUCCGAAUUGAUAUUACAGAUUUUUAAAAAAAGUUUGUCGAUCGAACUUACAGUUUGUUUCUCUGCAGCCCCAAACCUUUUAGCUACCACCACGAGUUGAUUUACUUGAGCCACUUUGUUCUCAGACAUCGAAUUGUGCGUUUUCUCUAACCCGUUCACUUGGGGAGGUGGGAAGGCAUGAGGGUUGGAGGGGGGUGGGGGUGGGGUGAAAAACGGAGAAAAGAAAACGCCGCCAAAAAACUUCCAGGGUGGCUCCCCUAAGGUUUACUAUCUAUCUCUCCUUUCUCCGCUCGGCUCCGAUCACCUCCCGGGUCGCCUUGGGCUCCCCUGGAACUUGGUGGGCGGCGCCUGGGUACAGGAUUCUCUGGGAUCUAGGCUCUGAGAGUUAGGCCGGGGGCAGGUUUCGCUUUGGGGACCCUUUCUCUUCCAGAGGCUCCCCUGCCUCCCGGUCUCCCGCUUUUGAAAGGGUGGCCGCGCACACGCCUCCCGCCGGUUGGUUGAGGCGAGUGGACCGCGGCCUGGUCGGGGGUACACGAGACUGAGGCGGCUUUCUGCUGCGGGUGCAAAGGAUCAGGAUUUUCCAUAAUUGCCCCCCGAGCGCGUUUCUCGAAACCGAAUUUAGUUUGACCCUCUGGCGCCGCCGUAGAGUCAGCGCUUCUUAAGGGGGAACCGGUGGCUCUGGGGGCGAGGUGGUGAGGAGUCCUCGGAUCCUGGGGAUUAGGAAGGAGAACCUAGGUGUGCGGCCAGGACAAAAGGUGCUGCCAGCUGAGGGGACUUCACUGGCGUCAAGACAGGCGGGGACGCGUCCACGUUUUCCCGCCGCAGGUCGGGACCAAGGGUGUUAGCCGGUGCCCCAGGCGUCUCGCAGGGGCCGCGGCCCCUGCCCACGUGCUUUCUUUAAGGAGGUCCUGUGUCCAAGUGGGAUCCUAGGAACAAAAGCACGGCCAGAGCCCAGCUUGCUUGGCUAGUGCCAGCGCCACCUUAAAUGAGCACCGCGGCCGGAGCCGGGCUACUGGAGGCUGCGGCCGCGGGAGUCGGCAAAAGUUUGUGGCUCAGUUACGCCUUCGCUGGACCUGCUGGGGACGCCCCCGCACGGCCUCCCCCGGGAUGGGGAGGCCGGGUCCUCCUCGCACAGCUCUGCCCGUGCUCUCGGCAUAGGGCUGGAGCAGCUUGCGGUCCCAGGAGUCCCAGCCCUGCAGCCAGAGGACAGGCAGCCCCACCGCCCUCGUUGCCACCGCUUCACGGCCUGCAGGCGGCCCGGGCUGCGCUGCUUGAGAUGUCGCCGGCGCAGCGAGCGCUCCAGGGACGUCAUCCAGGGAUGCCCCCCGCCCUGCGCCCCUCCUGCAGCUCCUUUUUCUGGGCCACCCGCAAUCCGGCGGGCAGUGCUGGUUCUCCUGCCAUUCGGGAUACCCGGGCUAUUGUUCUGGACCCACGGCCGUGCCAGCUCUGAGGGAGAGGCGGCCUUCCCCGCGCGUGUGGCCGCGCGCCGGGCCCGGACGGCCGGCUCCGCUCGGAGGGGGAGCUCGCAGGCAUCGGGAAAAGUUGUUCGGAGGGGCGGAGGCGGUGGAUGGUGGGCGGAGGCGGUGGGUGGGGGAGGCGAUAGCCCUCCUAUCUCCAAAGUCGAAAGUACUCCGCGCAGUUGGCAGAACCCUGAGCCGAGGCAGCCGUGGUUGCCUCCUGCGAGUGGGUCUCUACCUUCUCGGGGAGACGAGGCAAGCAGCGCCCGCCUUGUCGCCGCCGCCUCCGCGCUGGGACUAGUGCGCCUCUGGGCUGGGCGAGGCGGCUGCGCCCAGAACCCGUCGCGAGGAGCAGGACGAGACCCCAGGCCCCAGCGCCUGGGCGCACCCACAUAUCAGCCGCGGCCACCGCCUCGCGCGGCACUCGGUUCCCUGCCAUCCGUCCUCCGUCGCCCCGCGCGCGCAGUCCUCGGUCCUCGCCACACGGCUCUCCCACCGCCGACUCUCCUUCCUUCUCCCUUCUCCCUGCUUCCCACCCGCCCCUCUCCUGUCCCUCUCAGCCUUCUCUGCAGCCCCGCCGCCGUUGGGUCGCCGGGCUCACAGCGAUUGAUUGAUUGAUGUUUAAUUUCCUGCCAGGCGGGGUCCCCCUCCCCCAGCAACCUCCCCAGCCCUCUUCCCCGCCCCCCACUCUCCUCCUUCAAUGCGGUGGACCAGUCUGGCUCGGGUUUAGAUCUUUCCCCCCCAACCCCCAUCCCGAAAUAACCCAGAGACUUCCCCUACCCCCACCCCAAAUUAUUAUUUUGAAGGCGCUAGAUCUGGGGACGGAAAGGGGGAGGGGGAGAAAUCGGAAACCGAGGACAACCCAAAAGGACUCACUUUGCCUGAUGACUCAACGCAACUAAUAAUCAUCUCCCUCUCACUGUGUGUCUCUCUGCGGCUUGUCAGUGAGUCCGGCUCCGGCUGCUGGCGGCGGCGGCCGAGAGGGGAGAGCCUGAAGGUGACAGCUUGGGCAGCCGCUGCUUUUCCUCCCGCGUGCGGUCCCAGGUCCCUGCGCCUUCUCGACUCUCGGUGGCACCGGCCCUAAGGCUCUGGCCGCGCCUCCUCGGGAGCUAGCUGCUCUGCGAAGCCGCAGCCCCGACCCGCCUCCGCCGCCUCCCAGUUCUCAGCCCUUUCUCUCCAGAACGGGUCUCCUUCCCGAAGGUGUGAAAAGGCUUUUUCAGCCUCCUUCUCUCUUCUCCCCUCCUCCGUUGCCUCCUCCCCCGCUCGCUCGGGUGCCCCUUUGGAGGAGCCCUCCUUUCCCUCUCCUCCUCCUCCCCUUACUCUCCCCCCCCCCCAUCAUCACCAUCAUAACAACCAUCGCCGCACUAAGAAGACACCCUGACCCAGGACCUUAAACGUUAGGACCUGGGGAAGAGGAAAGGGAAAGGAGUAAAGAGAAAGGAAGACUAGGAGAACACUACAAGGCAAAUCACCAGAAACUUUCCACCCUGGAUUCUCUACUUUUGCUCCAUGGACAGAGCCCCAGCCAGCCAAGUUACAGACAGACCGUGAGCAGUCCCUGCGCGUUUUAUUGCGACCUGCCGGUGGGAACUUUGUCUCCGAGUCGGAGCAGCAUGGAGCGGCGGAGCGAGAGCCCGUGUCUGCGGGACAGCCCCGACCGGCGGAGCGGCAGCCCGGACGUCAAGGGGCCUCCCCCAGUGAAGGUGGCCCGGCUGGAGCAGAACGGCAGCCCCAUGGGAGCCCGCGGGAGGCCCAACGGCGCUGUGGCCAAGGCCGUGGGAGGUUUGAUGAUUCCUGUCUUUUGUGUGGUGGAGCAGUUGGACGGCUCUCUCGAAUAUGACAACAGGGAAGAACACGCCGAAUUUGUCCUGGUUCGAAAAGACGUGCUUUUCAGCCAGCUGGUGGAGACGGCGCUCCUGGCCCUGGGGUACUCCCACAGCUCCGCGGCCCAGGCACAAGGAAUAAUCAAGCUGGGGAGGUGGAACCCUCUCCCCCUCAGUUAUGUGACAGACGCACCCGACGCGACAGUGGCCGACAUGCUACAAGAUGUCUAUCACGUUGUGACGUUGAAAAUCCAAUUGCAAAGUUGUUCGAAGUUGGAAGACUUGCCUGCGGAGCAGUGGAACCAUGCCACGGUCCGCAAUGCCUUAAAGGAACUGCUCAAAGAGAUGAACCAGAGCACACUAGCCAAAGAAUGCCCGCUCUCCCAGAGUAUGAUUUCAUCCAUUGUAAAUAGCACGUAUUAUGCCAACGUAUCAGCAACCAAGUGCCAGGAGUUUGGGAGAUGGUAUAAGAAGUACAAAAAGAUUAAAGUGGAAAGAGUGGAACGAGAGAAUCUUUCAGACUAUUGUGUUCUGGGCCAACGUCCAAUGCAUUUACCAAAUAUGAACCAGCUUGCAUCCCUGGGGAAAACCAGCGAACAGUCUCCUCACAGCCAAAUCCACCACAGUACUCCAAUCCGAAACCAAGUGCCCGCGUUACAGCCCAUCAUGAGCCCUGGUCUUCUUUCUCCCCAGCUCAGUCCACAACUUGUCAGGCAACAAAUAGCCAUGGCCCAUCUGAUAAACCAACAGAUUGCCGUUAGCCGGCUCCUGGCUCACCAGCAUCCUCAGGCCAUCAACCAGCAGUUCCUGAACCACCCUCCCAUUCCCAGAGCAGUUAAGCCGGAGCCAACCAACUCUUCUGUAGAAGUAUCUCCAGAUAUCUACCAGCAAGUCAGAGAUGAGCUGAAGAGAGCCAGUGUGUCCCAAGCUGUCUUUGCAAGAGUGGCAUUCAAUCGCACACAGGGAUUGUUGUCUGAGAUUCUGCGUAAGGAAGAAGACCCUCGGACGGCAUCUCAGUCUCUUUUAGUCAACCUGAGGGCCAUGCAGAAUUUCCUCAAUCUGCCAGAAGUGGAGCGGGAUCGCAUAUACCAGGAUGAGAGAGAGCGGAGCAUGAACCCCAAUGUGAGCAUGGUCUCCUCAGCCUCCAGCAGUCCCAGCUCCUCCCGAACCCCUCAGGCCAAAACCUCGACACCGACAACAGACCUCCCCAUUAAGGUGGACGGCGCCAACGUCAACAUCACAGCUGCCAUUUAUGACGAGAUCCAACAGGAGAUGAAAAGGGCCAAGGUGUCUCAAGCCCUGUUUGCCAAAGUGGCUGCAAAUAAAAGUCAGGGCUGGCUAUGUGAAUUGCUCCGCUGGAAGGAGAACCCCAGCCCGGAAAACCGCACCCUGUGGGAGAACCUCUGUACCAUCCGACGCUUCCUGAACCUUCCCCAGCACGAGAGGGAUGUGAUUUAUGAGGAGGAAUCAAGACAUCAUCACAGCGAGCGCAUGCAACACGUGGUCCAGCUUCCCCCUGAGCCAGUGCAGGUCCUUCACAGACAGCAGUCUCAGCCAGCCAAGGAGAGUUCCCCUCCCAGAGAAGAAGCGCCUCCCCCACCUCCUCCAACUGAAGACAGUUGUGCCAAAAAGCCUCGGUCUCGCACCAAGAUCUCUUUGGAAGCCCUGGGGAUCCUCCAAAGCUUCAUUCACGAUGUGGGCCUGUACCCAGAUCAGGAGGCCAUCCACACUCUUUCUGCUCAGCUGGAUCUUCCCAAACACACCAUCAUCAAGUUCUUCCAGAACCAGCGGUACCAUGUGAAGCAUCACGGGAAGCUCAAGGAACACCUGGGCUCGGCGGUGGACGUGGCCGAGUAUAAGGACGAGGAGCUGCUGACAGAGUCGGAGGAGAAUGACAGCGAAGAAGGCUCGGAGGAGAUGUACAAAGUGGAGGCGGAGGAGGAGAAUGCAGAGAAGAGCAAGGCGGCACCUGCUGAAAUCGACCAGAGAUAAUGUGAACUCCUACCAGGCCAAGCAAUACAUGGGUCCAAGGAUUUUAUGUUUGAGUUUCUUUAAAAACAUUUUUUUUUGGCUUUAUUUUAUUUUUGUCUUUUGGGGGGGGUCUGUUUUGUUUCUCUUACCUUUUUUUGACAUUUCUUUGUUGCACAGGAUACACCUGUAGACUGAAUAAGUUCAGUAUUUCCGAAUCAGACAUCGCCUUGGCAAAGACACUAAAGUGUUACGCUUUUACAGUGGACUGGAUCAUAGUCAUUAUAAUCACAGGAGACUCUGCCUUCAUUAUCCUUGCACUUAUGGAGGAGACACCAGGCAAGUCCCAGGAUGAAAAGACCUACGAAAUAAAUGAAGGAAGCUACAAGUGUGUGUGUAUAUGUAUAUGUAUAUAUCUCUAUAUUUACAUAUAUAUAUUAAAUUGCAUGGGACAGAGAACUUUACAAUCCGAAAGAAUAGACUGUGAAAUGAGUUCUUAAAGAAGAGACUUGUUUAUGUAUUAAAAAAAAAAAACCACUUCACAGUGAGUCGCUUUGGCUUUUUGAUAAACUGCGGCCUGCUCUCAGGGUGGGGUGACUAUUUUUGAAUUCCUAUUUAUUUUCUGUGUUUGUCCCUGAUUUUUUUUUUUUUUUUAAUUCUAUAGCUUCCUAUCUGGCAGCUUGAUGGGUAAUUUUUGAGGUAUGUAUUUAACAAAAUAAAUCAACACUGCCAAAAAAAGAAAAAGAAAAAAAAGAAAGAAAGAAAGAAGAAGAAAGCAAAGGGAAAAAAAAAAAUCAGGGCACCUUAAAAUGAUACUGGUCAAAUUAAUCUGAAAGACACAGUGCACAUUUAAAAUGACUUGAUGUGUUCCGUUAUUCAACUUGUCAUUACUGUAGUGAACAGAUGCAUUUCUGUGGAAUUCCAAAUGAGUAAACCUGAAAUUCAGUAUGGAGAAGACUUGUCCAUUAGUGCAGUCUCGAUAAAAUGACAUUUUGACGUCAGACAUAUGGAAUUCAUAGUAUGAGCCACAUCUUAUUGUGAAAUUUAUUUACCUGCUCGUGGCUUCAGAUCUUAAAAUUAAUAAGCCUGCUCAUUUAAAACUUGUUUAUUGUUGCUGUUUUCUUUUUCUUUUCUUUCCUUUUUUUUUUUUUUUUUUUUUUAAAUAGAAAGUAGUUCCGUGUAAUGUUAAGUUAGAGAAGAAGUUGCUGCCCAGUUAAAGGGGCUCCCUCUCAAACACACCUCCGUCCCUCCGUCUCCCAAAAGACAUUUCUCAUUUCCGUUUCGCUUUGGACUCCUUCUUCGUACACAUUCCGUGUCCACCUAAGCAGACGUUUUCUCGUCCCCGCUCUCACGAGCCUCCUCCCUUCCCUGCUGUGGGGGCAGCCUAACAAGAACCUGUUUUUGAAUCAUUGUGCAGCUCCAGGCAAUAGAGUAAGCGAAGCAAUGUCAGUGGAAUCACCUACUCGGCACAAACGGAAACAUUUUCCCAGUUCCCUACAUAGCAGUUACCUUACGUAAAGCAGAACUAAUGCCGACUGGCUGUUUAGUGGAAUGAGCAUUAAAGCUGCAAUCUACUAUAGUCCUCCCCACCGCCUCUAGCUUCCCUCCAGAAACACCAGUAGCAUUGCUUUCCACUUCUACUUCUAGUCAUUGCAAGAGGAGACCUCACCUUCAGGACUGGCCGAGUGCACCUAAUCCAUGCUUCGAGGUGCCGCCACACAGUCCUACACGGUUGGAUUUUUUUUGAGUUGUGCUGUCAUGCAACCUUGUCAAAGACCUCAUGCAAUAUCACUUUGAAAGUUAUUUUCUGUUUACUACACAAACAUUGUAAUAUAACUGUUAAUACUAUUUAUAUAUUUGAAAGGUAUAAAAGGUCGGAGUUAAAAAAAAAAACCUCUAUUGUGUAGAUAUUAACUCAGAACUUAACAAUAUACAGGGAGAAGACAUGUUGCAAUACAAGCUAAUUCUAGCUGCUCAGUAACCUCUGGAGUUUUUAAAGGGACAUUUUCCUGUACUUUUUCAAAUAACGAUGUUUAAAAAAAAUUCUCUGAGCGUCAUAUACCUUUGCAAAAGGAUGGUGGUUUGCAGUUAAGCCCUGGGCCCAUCCUUCCUAUUUCUGUAGUAUGCUGCAGCUUUAAUCAGAAAGUCCAUGGUUGCUGCUUCCUGAUCUCCGAGUUACUCUUUUCCAAAUUGUCUUCUUACACUGUUGCUGAAGGUCACUCUGUACAUGUAAUGGAAACUGAUUUUGCCAAGCUCUUACGAGGUGGUUCAUCUAUCGAUGGCAUCCGCAUUUGGUAUCUUUUACACUUUCAACCAAAAAUUUAUUAGGUAUUUUUCAAUGCUAAGUCUUGCCUUUUAUUUUUUAAUUUCACUGCCAAGUUUGCAGUGGUUCUAAGUGAAUCUGUGGGCAUUUUAGCCUGUGGUCUUGCCAGAUCUUUGCGAAUUACAAUGCAUAUAUGUCUAUUUAUUCAAUAUCUGUCAUAUAAUAUCUAUUUGGAAGAAGAAACUUUCUCUUGUAGUGCCUCUUGACAAAGCACAAUUUCCCGCCUUUUUUUUUUUUUUU